AUGUUCCAGUCACUGUGGGUCUUCGAGUUCACCUACCUGGACAACCUCAGCAAAGUUAUCGAUCUUCAAAGACUUCCAGAGUGGGGAUCCCAGGCAUUGGGCAAGCACAGAGGUGGAGCUUACACUGGAUUUUUUUAUUACGUAAAAGGGCUUAGAUGGGUCAAUACUAACCACAGUGCCUGGGACGGAGAAGGAAAGCUGAGCAGAGAGCAGAGAGCUGUGCCAGCAAUGGAAAGUGUAGCCCCAGUCCUUCUUGUCCUGCUCAGCAUAACAGCCACCAUUUGCGAUGCCCAGGACACCUGCCCAGAGGUGAGAAUAGUGGGACUAGGUGAUGCUGACCGGCUUGCUGUUCUCCAAGGAUGCCCAGGGAUCCCAGGUGCCUCUGGCUCAAAGGGAGAACCAGGUGUCCCAGGAACAAAAGGAGAAAUGGGAACCCAGGGACUCCCUGGGAAAGCAGGACCACCCGGUACAAAAGGAGUGGCUGGAGACCCUGGUUUCCCAGGACCAAAAGGGGAGGGAAGGACUAGGUGUGGAAGGCAGAGAGCAAUUGAUGAUGUUGUUUGCCCAACAGGAACAAAAGGAGAGCCUGGGUUUCCAGAAACUUUGGCCAGGAACUGCCAAGAGCUGCUGGAUAAAGGGAAGAUCCUGAGUGGAUGGUACACUAUCUACCCCCAAGGCUGCAAUGCCACCACUGUCUUCUGUGAUAUGGACACAGACGGUGGAGGAUGGAUUGUUUUCCAGAGACGCUCAGAUGGAUCAGUGAAUUUUUUGCGAGAUUGGUAUUCAUACAAGCGAGGAUUUGGCAACCAGCUAACAGAGUUCUGGCUGGGGAAUGACAACAUCCACUUCCUCACCUCUCUGGGAAAUUGUGAACUCCGUAUUGACCUGAGAGACUUUGAGAACAACUACUACUUUGCCAAGUACGCUUCUUUCAGAAUUUUAGGAGAGUCUGAGAAAUACAAACUAGUUCUAGGAGACUUCCUUGGUGGAAAUGCUGGAGACUCCUUAUCAUACCACAAGGACAUGCCAUUUUCAACAACAGACCAGGACAACGACAUGAGCUCCUUUAAUUGUGCCACAGCCUAUAAGGGAGCAUGGUGGUACAAUGACUGCCACUACUCUAACCUGAAUGGGAUGUACUGGCUGGGCAUUCAUGGGAGCUAUGCUGAUGGUAUAAACUGGAAGACCGGCAAAGAAUACCACUACUCCCAUAAGCAAACAGAAAUGAAAUUCAGGCCACUGUAA